AAAUAAUGGAUAUGAUGGAUUAAAGUCUACCGCGUAUUGUGUCUGUAUUUAUUCGUACAUUAGCAGGAAUAGGUUUACAGUUCUGUGGUAUUCUAGCUAAUUGUAAGGUCUUUAUGUGAAUGCUUCAUCGGGAUCGGCGAGAGAACUGAUUGACUUCCUCUUGAGCCCCUCUGGGAUUCCAAAACGUCAGUUUUCUACGGAGGAAUAUUCCAAGAGACAUUUUUAUCUGGUUCAGUUGCAAAAGGACGUCAGGUUUCGGAAAGAAUGGCGCAAUCUGGGAACAUAUUGGAGAAGAAAUGGCAGCGAAUAGUUUACGAAAAACAUCGUCGAAGACUCAGCGAAACACAAUCCAAAUUAAAACGAGAAACAACAUUACAGUAUAAUGACGAAGAGGCUCAGUUACAAAUGAGAUUCAGACGGAUUAUGGCUGAGGAGCAGCGCCAGGCUGUAAUUGACAAACAGAAUAGCAAGUUGCUACAAAGAAUCGUUGAUAUCAUGACAUCGAAGAAAAAAACAUUUCCGGUAGCAAACAGCCAUGAAACAAGGAGGAAGGUCAGCAAGCCGGGCAUGGUGGAUAAUUCAACAGCAAAACCGAAACAAAGUUCUGUUAAACUGCCGGCAUUAGCUCCAGCUCCAGAUGGUGGAUCCAAGAAGUAAUGAUCAUGUACACAGCGCUGUACCAGUCACAUGAGCCUCAGGAAGCCUGAUGAGAGAACAGAAGUUAUAAACCUUGAAGAUAAAUAAUAUAUAAAGAUAUUGCAUGUGACAUUAUUGAAUUUUUAUAUUUUUGCGGCCCCAUGCCCCACUGGGGGCAAUAAGGAUUGAUGAUGAUGAUAUUUUUAUCAGCCACAUCGAGCGGAGCUUAAUUUUGGUGUGACCUUCGGCUAGCCCUAUUACUGACAGUAAAUUCUUUCGGUUGAGCCUUUUAUUAAUUAACAAGGUGUUCAAGGAAGCAUAAUUAAUUUGUAAUGAAAUAACUACAAUUUGUAAGGUGAUUUGCUAUGAAAUUGGAUUUUACAGUACAUCACACGAAAGGGACUCAGAGUCAGAGAGCAUCGUUUUAGUAGCCAUAUGUCAGUUAUGAAUUAUAAUUCAAUCUUUAAUUUGUCUUUUUAAAAAUCUUCAUUUUUUCCCCUUUUAUUAUAUAUUUCACCAAGUGCAAUCUCCACCCUUUCUUUUCCAGUUAAUAAAAAUCUUUUGAGAGCCAGAUAUGAUUCUCUUCCAUAUAUUUACUAAUAGUACCCCUUGGAAGUUUUACUGCUCCUCGUCGACACGUUUUGUAUCAGCCAGGAGACUGUUGCAUUCUUUCAUAAGUUGAUCAGUGAUUGAACUGUCGUUUUCCACGAUCCAUGGUAAAGGUAAAUUAACCACCUAAGGAGUUUGAGAAGUUUAAGUCGUUAAGCCAAUCUUGCUAUUGCUCUUUCGCAGUCAGCUGGAGGGAAAUUCCCACUUUGAUCACCGAUCCAAUUUCUAUCGGCCGUCCUAGACCUCCCCACGCUUCGCGCUCACUUCGACAAUAACUUUGAUGGCAUGUUCAGACAAUCAGAACCCCCUACCCACGAGUAAAGGAAAUAAACUUUGAUUCAAUCGAGAAUUUUCUGUGGCAAAUAUACAGAAAAAGAAAAAUCGAGGGAAAGAGUUUAAGUGAUAGUGACAACGAUGCAUUGUACUGUACCCAGAUUUAACAGCGACAUCUUUCGCGACUUUUUUUAGCGACUUUUUGCGGGCUCAAGUUGCACACGUGAUUGACUGAUAAUAAGAGAUGGAGACAUGGUGAGAGCCGAUAUCGUAAACACGCACGGUCGUUAAUAAAGUCGCCGAAAAUCGAUGAAAAAGUCGCUAAAAAUUGAUAAAAAAUAUGUUUUCUCCAUGGCACGAAUGAGCGACCACCUUAACCUGAGUAUCAGGCCUUUCUUAGCAAGAGGGUAGGGGUUGGGGGGAAUUGCAGAGGAAGGUCUGACACUUUGCUACAAAAUUGGCUACGACCUUCCCUCAGUACAGUAGCGGGCGGCAGUUCAGUUUACCAGCGGACUUAUUAUUUUGUGGUUCCCAGUUUCCCGCGACGUUUCGAGCCUGGUGGUCGCCAUUUUGAUUUAGUUUACGUUUGAUAAAUUACUCUCUGUGUCAAAGUUUUGUUAAUUAAAA